CGGCUGCCCGCGCCGCCUCCUCCUGCUCCGUGACCAGCGCCCAGUGGAGCGCCAGCCGCGGCCGCUGCUCUUCAGGCAGGAGGGAUGGUCGGGUGGGAGAAAGGACUUCGGAUCCACUUUCAGCCGGGCAGCUGCUGGCUCGAGCAGGAAGAUGUUGAUGUUCCAGAUAGACGUGUUCUGAUUACUGGUGCUACUGGACUCCUUGGCAGAGCUGUAUAUAAGGAAUUUAAAUCAAAUAAUUGGAAUGCUGUUGGCUGUGGGUACAGUCGAGCUCGGCCCCUCUUUGAACCAGUUAAUCUUCUGGAUACUGCAGCUGUUCAUAAUCUAAUCCAGGAUUUUCAGCCUCAUGUGAUAAUACAUUGUGCAGCUGAAAGAAGGCCAGAUGUUGUAGACAGUCGCCCAGAAUUUGCAUCUCAGCUCAAUGUGGCUGCUUCAGGAAACAUAGCAAAAGAAGCAGCUCAGGUAGGAGCAUUCUUGCUCUACAUUAGUACAGACUAUGUAUUUGAUGGAACCAAUCCACCCUAUAAGGAGAAUGAUGUACCAAAUCCCCUAAAUCUCUAUGGCAAAACGAAACUAGAGGGUGAAAGGGCGGUUCUAGAAAACAAUGAAGGUGCUGCUGUGCUUAGAAUUCCUGUUUUAUACGGAGAAGUUGAAAGCUUAGAAGAGAGUGCUGUGACAGUGAUGUUUGACAAAGUGCAAUGUAAUAAUAAAUCUGCCAAUAUGGACCACUGGCAGCAGAGAUUCCCCACCUAUGUCAAGGAUGUUGCCAGUGUUUGCCGACAGCUAGCCGAGAAGAGAAUGCUGGAUCCAUCCAUAAAAGGAACAUUCCAUUGGUCUGGUAAUGAACAGAUGACCAAAUUUGAAAUGGCACGUGCCAUGGCUGAUGCUUUCAACCUUCCGUCUAGCCAUUUGAGACCAAUUACAGAUAGCCCGGUAGUGGGUGCUCUUCGUCCCAAGAAUGCUCAGCUUGACUGUUCUAGGCUACGGAUGUUGGGCAUUGGACAGCACACACCGUUUCAAGUUGGAAUCAAGGAAUCACUUUGGCCUUUCCUAAUCGACAAGAGGUGGAGACAGACUGUCUUCCAUUAAUGUGUAAAUAUUUUAGUGUAAGUAUGGUAUGAGGCACUUUUUAAAAAAUGGGGGGAAAGAAUAGUUUUGUAUUGAAUGUUCUAUGUUUCAAGUUUAAUUCAAUCAGGAAAAAAUGGUCUUGCACUAGUGAAAUUGUAAGCGGUUCGGGAGAGAAAAAAGGAACCUUUCUUGAAGUGAUUGAUACUUCCUGCUGCCCGCUUGCUGGCUUGCUGUAAAUAUCUAGUGAUCUGUGAUUACUACAGCCUUCAGUAAGAGUUGAGAUGAGGAUAUAUUUCCUCAGAGCUGAGUUUUGUGUGUGCUUGCAGUCGCUAUACACAAUCUCUCUUGAUAUUUGUUUUCCUAAAUGCCAAAAAAAUCAAAGUGAAGCACAGAAAUUUUCUGUUACAUUUUUGAAGCUAUUCUGAUUUAUUGAAAAUACAGUGGGAAGCACUGGAUUAUUAUUCUUUUUUUUUUAGUGAUGAUCAGAACAUUCUAAAGUAACACAUUAUUUUUGCAAUGAAUGUGUAGUUUUGACAUUUCAAAGAUUUUCACAAUGUUCUGCGUUUUAGAACUCUUGCUGUUUUCUUACAUUUGUACAAUACUGUUCUGGUAUCAUUCUCCAAUGCAUGCUCAUAUAUGCACCCUGACAAGCACAGCUAGGCUUUUUUUGGUAUGUCAGAGGCAUGAAAUGUCUAUUCUACCUGGCUUUUUCUUGUCCAUGUUUGACUAGAAAAGUUUGGAUCCUGUAGAAUCCAGAAAUCUCAAUAUUCCUUAAACCUCCACAUUAAGCAAAUACAAGAAUGCUCUUGGUUUCGCUCAGCAAAGAGGAAACAAUUGAGAACAAUAGAAAUACCUAGUUAUUCCUGCCUCAAAGUGCACAUGCAGGUAGGGUGACUGUAUUAGGUCUUUACACUGCCCUUCUUGUAAGAACAAAAAGCUAAGUGUGUGAUGAAGGCAAUGAAAGCUACUAAAACUGCUUAGCAUGAAUUUCCAGUUUGAAUAAGUUUACUUUUGUGCAAAUUCUGUGUUCUCACUUGGGUGAUAUAUUGGGGAGUAUGUGCCUUGAACAGGCUUUCAGCAUUGAACAAAUACUCCAAAGAAGCUUCUCUUCAUGCUCACCCUGCUCUUUGAACUUUCUAGAUUUAAAAAUAAAAUGUAAGAAAAAGCUACCAGCCUUCUUUGGUACUUUGUUUUCCUUUUAAAAGCACCCAACAGCUAAACAGCCACUUUUCAUACAAUAUUUUGAGAUUACUGGUAUUGUCAGUCCUUUUCUGUAAGAACAUAUUAUAACUUGUUUGUCCUAGCCUGAAGUCUUGAUAUGUACUUGCUAAGUUAUAAAUACAAGAUGGUAUUAAAGAUGUAUUACUGGCCUGGUA